GGCCACCUGUGCAUUUUCCAAAACAAAAUUGCGGAAAGUUAUAGGAAGAAGUUCCCAAUUUCCAUGUUACCACGGGGAAAUACUUGUGAUAAUCUGUACUCCCUCCGUCCCGUAAUAUAAGCAAAAAAAAUCUUUUUUUGAUGUCCCAAAAUAUAAGCAAAAAACAACUUUUUUAAUACUAAAGUUACAAAAUUACCCUUAGUCAUAAUUCACUAUUGUUUAGUUUCCCAAUAAACUUUUGGAUAGUUAGCUUCUUUCAAUAUGACUUUUUAACUUUCAUCAUUCAAAAAGCUAAUUUUUUCCAUUAACAAGAAGUAAUUAUAACAAGGGUAAUACGGGAAACUCAAUUGUUUGUUUUGAUAAAAUUUAGAGUUUCUUAAUAAGUGUGAAAUAUUUUUUUUUUUGCUUAUAUUCCGGGACGGAGUAGUAUUAUAUUAUUAAUACAUAACACACGUCGCAUGCCAUCGAAACAUCAAACAUCGCAGUUCCAUGGCGGCGUGGCAUUUCCUCAAACAUCUAACCUGCACAUUUGGCGCCCGUUCGACCACCCUCUCCCGCCGCCCCCUAAUGCGCUCAUCACUACUUCCGUUUCUCUUCAAACAUCAUCACAGAGUUAGUUACCACUGGCCUUCCCAUAAUAUCCCAACCAAAUUCAAAAUCCAUACUGCAGCAACAGCUUCUUCAACUCCCUAUCUUUCUGUUCUUAUUCACUGUCCUAAACACAAUGCGGAUGCGCUUGGAGAAGCGCUGUUAUGCUUUGGUGCAAGUUCUGUUAGCAUGGAUCAAAAUGAUGUCUGUCAAACAGUAGAUGAGAUAUGCAUUACUUCUAUCUACCCUGAAGACGAGGAUAUUAACAUGAGCAUUUCCCAUGCAUUUGAUUCUAUUGGAUUCAAAGAGAAACCAAUAUAUGAAAUUAAAGCUAUUGAGGAGGAAGACUGGAUAAAGAGAUCUCAGGAAUCGUUUCAUCCAGUAGAAGUUACUAAAGGCUUGUGGGUGGUGCCCGAGUGGAGUACUCCUCCUGAUGUUCAAGCAACAAAUAUAAUUCUCAAUCCCAGACAUGCUUUUGGAACAGGAGAACAUGCCAGCACUAAACUUUGUCUAUUACACUUGCAUGGCUGUAUAACAGGAGGAGAAUACAUCCUAGACUAUGGCACAGGCUCUGGAAUUCUUGCAAUUGCAGCUGUUAAGUUCGGUGCUGCCUUUGCAGUUGGGAUUGAUGUAGAUGCACAAGCAAUUGCAUCAGCAUAUCAAAAUGCUGCCUUGAACAACAUUGGACCAGACAGAAUGCAACUGCAGCUAAUUGCUAGCGAAAAUACUUUAUCGUCUGAGGGUGACCAGACAUCUGGAGUUGUAGAGGGAGAAAACACUCUUGACAUACAAACUUUUACUGACAAGGAUAAGUAUGAUGUGGUCAUUGCAAAUCUACUCUUAAAUCCUUUGUUAGAUAAUGCUGAUCAAAUUAUCUCUUGUGCAAAGCCUGGAGCAGUUAUUGGUCUCUCUGGUAUAUUAUCUGAACAGGUUCAUUACAUCAUUGAAAGAUAUUCACCAUUCUUAGAAAGCAUAGAAGUAUCCAAAAUGGAUGACUGGGCCUGCGUUAGUGGUAGAAAAACUAGGAAUUUGGAUGCAGAUACCUGUAAUUGAGGGUUAUUUGGGUUGUGUUGCUAAACCUAUUGACGGUCGAGGAGAAAUUUCACGAUGCUGACUCAUAUGUAUAAGUGAUCAAUUUGGAUGGUUCUUGUUUGGUAGUUCCCAGGCAACCUCAAUCAUAUUUUGUAUGUUGGGAGAGCAGGAUGUAUAAAAGUUGCUUUAAAUUUAUGACAAGUACAUGUCUAAGAUUGGUUAAUAGGUAUUUUUUAAAGUAGACUUCAUA